UUCAACUCGAGAUGGAUUGUACCUUCAUUUUACGUUUUUUCUCAGGAAUUGAACUUAGCCCUUCUAAGAUCAGCAACACGUUCCUAAUGUCUCCUAGUCUUGGAAACAUCGUCGACAUAUAAGUAUAAAAUCCGUCGCGCGACAACAAGUUUCCAAGGCCGACGUCUUACUCUUCCAGCGCCGUAUACACCAAGCCGCUACUCCCUACCUAUUAGUUAAUAAUAAUAAUAAUAAUCAUAAUUUCCGCGGGCUACAUACCUAGUAAGUCCCGCUCGCUCAUCGUUCUACACUUAGGUAGGUAUACCCGUUAGCAAAUACUCAGCAAAUUCGGGAUAUAGAUCUUCCCAUGGAGAACGGGGUGAAAUUUCUCGUAUCCUCGGGCCUGAACACGCCGGCGGAAAACGGGUACAACAUCAUCCUGGACAUCCUGGCCGAGAUGCGCGAGCAAGGCGUCGACGUGCCGCCCGUGGUCCUCGGGCUCGUGACGCAGCUCUACGCGCGGGCGUACGCGGCGGAGCAGAGCGGCGACCGCCUGUCCAGCAAGUAUGUGCUGCUGCAGGCCGAGCACAGCCAGCUCGUGGUCGAGUUCAACCGGUGCUGCCGGGACAACAACAAGGCGUGGAAGACGAAGGCGGAGACGACCCUGUACGACGACAUGCAGCGGUCCGUGGACGCGCUCGUCGAGGCUAGGAGGGAGCUGCGCGGCGCCAUGAAGAGCCUGUUUGACGAGCGCUUGGCUACGACCACGGAGGUGGUCGCCCUGAGAAAGGAGGUAGAGAAGCUACGGAAGGAGAAUGCUGCGCUGGCGGCUUAGAUACCUGCUACCGGAAACUCUGGCAAAUGAAGGAAUCUACCUAGGUACUGAACGGUGAAUUUUUGAUUCCUGGAUUAUGUGAAUUAUGCUUGCUAUCGGCGUUAUGUUGGAUAUUCGUGCAGGGACCGGCGGCAAAUGCGUCGUUACCAUGGUGUUUAUUAUUCCCGUCAUUUAAUUACUCUGUACAAUAUUCCAACUCUAAUCAUGUAUAUAGGGUACUGGAGGUAUCUGUGUACUUUAUGAGGGAUGCGCUCCCCUUUAGGUCCUUGUAAAUAGUCACAUCGUUAACGCAGAUGAGAGAAAGGCUUCCCCCUACGCGAU